GGCCCUCAGCCAGACACACCCCUGGGCCAAUUGGGAGAGCAGUUGGGUGGGCUGGUCCCACCAAGACCAUGAAACUGCACCCAGCUCACACUGGUGACCCAGGCUCUUCCAGACUCUGCGACCUAACUGACUCUUGGGUUCAAGGCUAGGAUGAGAGAGAUCGUGCACAUCCAGAUUGGCCAGUGUGGCAACCAGAUCGGAGCCAAGUUCUGGGAGGUGAUCGGGGAAGAACAUGGGAUUGACUGCGCUGGGAGCUACUGUGGGACGUCUGCUCUCCAGCUGGAGAGGAUCAGCGUUUACUACAACGAAGCCUACGGUAAGAAGUAUGUGCCGCGAGCCGUCCUUGUGGACCUGGAACCCGGGACAAUGGACAGCAUCCGAUCCAGCAGAUUGGGAGUCCUCUUUCAGCCUGACAGUUUUGUUCAUGGUAACUCUGGUGCUGGUAACAACUGGGCGAAGGGCCACUACACAGAGGGAGCGGAGCUGAUCGAAAAUGUCAUGGAUGUGGUAAGGAGGGAGAGCGAGAGCUGCGACUGCCUACAGGGUUUCCAGAUCGUGCAUUCUCUGGGUGGAGGCACGGGCUCAGGCAUGGGCACCCUGCUCAUGAACAAGAUCAGGGAGGAGUACCCGGAUCGGAUCUUGAACUCCUUUAGCGUCAUGCCAUCACCCAAGGUAUCAGACACGGUGGUAGAGCCCUACAAUGCCGUGCUAUCCAUCCACCAGCUGAUAGAGAACACAGAUGCCUGCUUCUGCAUCGACAACGAAGCGCUCUAUGACAUUUGUUUCCGCACCCUGAGGCUGACGACACCCACCUACGGGGAUCUCAACCACCUGGUGUCCUUGACCAUGAGCGGAAUCACGACUUCACUGCGCUUUCCCGGUCAGCUCAAUGCAGACCUGCGCAAGCUGGCCGUGAAUAUGGUGCCCUUUCCUCGUCUUCACUUCUUCAUGCCUGGCUUCGCUCCACUCACAGCCCAGGGUAGCCAGCAGUACCGAGCCCUCUCAGUAGCGGAGCUCACCCAACAGAUGUUCGAUGCCCGCAACAUCAUGGCUGCCUGUGACCCUCGCCGCGGCCGCUACCUGACUGUGGCUUGUAUAUUCCGGGGUAAGAUGUCCACCAAGGAAGUGGACCAACAGCUGCUGUCCAUUCAGACAAGGAACAGCAACUGCUUUGUGGAAUGGAUUCCCAACAAUGUCAAGGUAGCUGUGUGUGACAUCCCGCCCCGUGGGCUGAACAUGGCAGCUACCUUCCUGGGCAACAAUACAGCCAUCCAAGAGCUCUUCACCAGGGUCUCUGAGCACUUCUCAGCUAUGUUCAGAAGGAGAGCUUUUGUGCACUGGUACACCAGUGAAGGGAUGGACAUAAGUGAAUUUGGGGAAGCUGAGAGUGAUAUCCAUGACCUGGUGUCUGAGUACCAACAAUUCCAAGAUGUCAGAGCAGGGCUAGAGGACAGUGAAGAGGAUGUGGAGGAGGCAGAGGUGGAGGCAGAAGACAAAGAUCAUUAGCUAGGAGAGAAGCUAUAGGGCAGCCGAUGCUUGCUUUUCCUUCUUCCUUUUUAAAUAGUGAGUGAGUUUACUGUAGUGAGCCCUAUUUAUUUUUUAUUAGUUGUAGGAUAGACAUGCAGACAAAGUGUGCAAGUUUGCCAGGAGCCGUUUAGCAGUGUUGCUGGGUACCCAGGGCAGCUAGGAUGCUUCAGAGUCCUCUCUCUCAAAGCCAGCAGAACUGGGUGUCUGAAGAGUGUGUGGGAGGGAGGUUCAGGGCCAACGGAAGUAUGACUCUGCCUCUAUGGCCAAGCUGUGUGGACCUUAUGUACCAUUCGGCAGGCUGACUGGAAAAAGACAAAGGGAGGCAAGAAAAGCCACGUCUCUUCUCUCGGCUCCCACCGUCCAAAAGACCAUCAAGAGCAAAGCAUUCCAGUCCCCAGGCCUUUGUUUCCCAGUAACCAGCUUCCAACCUAUUUCUCUGUGUUUUCUUAAUAGAACGAGAUGCCAGUAGUUCGCUAA